AGAGCUUUGUGGACGAGCAUGAUGCUAAGGCAGUGGAGUUUUGCAGUGCUCUUACUAAGCAUCCCUCUACCUGUCCAAGGACAACCCAUACAUGCCCUCAGCAACAGAAUGAGACGGUCAGUGAGUCAAGCCCAACUUAUGCAUGACCGAGGGCGCUAUCUGCAGGACAGGAAGAGACGACUCUGGCUGCAGGAGCUUUUUGAACAGGUACACACUGCCAAUGUGUGGGACACUCCAUCCAGCAGUGGAUCCAACCUCCAGCCUGUAACUUGGGGUGCCCAAGCUCCCAAAGCUGCCAGCAGCACCAAAGACUUUCUUUUGGACUUUCAGCUUGAGAGCACAGGCACAAUCGAUACCCUGCCACAGGAGACCAACAAAGAGCAGCCAGCUGCCACUAAGAGAAAGAAGAGAGUAUGUUUGGGGAAGUGGAGAGAGAUCAAUAAACGAAGAGGAUGGUCAUGCCCAAUACAUGCCCAAGUAGCAUUAAGAGCUCAUUAA